CGCUGCGGCCGCCGCUUCCCCGUGUCCAUGGUGAGGGGCCAUGGCGGAGCCGCUGUGGAGCGCCGAGGCGGGCGGCGCCGUGUACCGCUCCCGCGACCCCGUGCGCAACCUGCGCCUCCGGGUCCGCAUCCAGCGGGUCACGGCCGCCGGGCCCCUCCCGGCGCAGGCCUCGCCGCCGCCGCCGCCGCUGUCCGCACCGCGCGGCCCCGAGCUCCUGGCGCUGGCCGCCCGCGCCUCGCCCGGUGCACGGCGGCCCCCGGACGAGGAAGAGGAGGCCGAGGUGGGGUGGCAGGAGAAGCUCUUCAGCCAGUUUGAGGUAGAUCUUUAUCAAAAUGAGUCAGCCUGUCAAACUCACCUGGACCGACAGUACCACGAGGAGAUCCUGAAACUGGAGAAGGCUGGGGGUCGGAAGAACUAUCGCAUCUUCACCUACACUGAUCAUGACCGAUUCACCAACCUAGAGGAGCACUGCCAGAAGGUAACUGACUCAGAUCAUGAGGUGCCGUCAUAUCUGGCAGAGAGGAUGGCCAAUGUGAGGAGGAGAAGACAAGACCGUAAGCCAAUAGAAGCGAAUUCUCUGAAGUCAAAAAUCAUCACCUGGGAGCCCUCAGAAGAAUUUAUUAAGAACAAUCAUGUGAUUAACACUCCUGUUCAGACUAUGUACAUCAUGGGGGACUUGGGACCUUAUGGGAAGCUUGGUCAAAGGGAAUAUGAACAUGUUCUUUGUACAAUCAAGGUGGAUGGCAAUGGGGUGAUCACAGUGAAGCCUGACUUUACUGGCACCAAAGGAGCCUACUGGAUUGAGCUGGAUAGACAGAAGCGAGAACUGUGGAAAUACACCAUUGAGAAUGCAUCCGUCCAAGUGCAGCAAGAGGAGGAGGAACGUGAGCAGCGUGUGUUCAGAGAUCUGUACAGUCGGCACAAGGAGUACCUCAGUGGUCUUGUAGGCUCAGAAUUUGAGGUGACUCUUCCUGGUACAUUGCGUCUUUUUGUGAAUGGAGAAGUAGUUUCAGCUCAAGGCUAUGAGUAUGACAACCUCUAUGUUCAUUUCUUCCUGGAGCUGCCUGACCACUGGUCAAGCCCCGCAUUCCAGCAGCUAUCAGGAGUGACACAGACCUGCACCACCAAGACAGUGGGCUGGGAUGAUGUGGCGUACUUCUGCUACCCCUUCACUUUGGAGAUGUUUUUCUCCCAAGAAAAUGAAUCAGAAGACUGUCUCCCUCAAUGGCCUGUUCUCUACUUUGAGGUUCUGUCCCUUGAUUUCUGGCAGAGAUACCGUGUUGAAGGGUAUGGUUCCUUGGUGCUGCCAGCAUCUCCAGGUCUCCACAUACUCACCAUCCCUACCUGGCGCCCUGUGGAGCUGGGGACUGUUGCUGAACUGAGGAGAUUUUUCAUUGGUGGAUCUCCUGAGUUAGAGGACAUGACCUAUGUCAGGAUACCAGCAACCUUCAAGGGAGAGCGUCUGAGCCGCUUUGGUUUUCGCACAGAGACAACAGGGAAUGUCACGUUCCGGCUUUACUGCCUGCAGCAAUCUAAAGCCUUUCUGGAAACCAGUGCCUCGAGGCAUCGCAUGCAGAGUGUACUGGACCGGCUUGGAGGCUUCAGCCAGCAGAGCUCUGUCUACAACGUUUUGGAGGCUUUCCAGAGGGCACGGCGCCGGAUGCAGGAAGCACGUGAGAGCCUUCCCCAAGACCUCAUCAGCACCUCUGUCUCCACUGUGCACCAGACACAAGAACCGUGAUUGACCACCUCCACUGCCUCUAGCCUGGGAGCACUUAGCAUCUUCUGUCUGAUACAAGCUUCCCUGGUUCAGGAGGAGUCCCAAGGCCAGUGCCUGCAAGCUUUUUGAAUCCCUUCUUUUGCAGCUUUCUCUGGAUGGGGGCAAGAGUCUGCCUCACAUCUAGAUCCAGAGUCUUUGUGUUUCCAUAGGUAUCUGUGGAAGGCACCCUGUUUUUUCAAGGCGUUUUGUUACCAGGCCCUAACGGUACAGCCAAUUGUUCACAUUUCUGAUGAGCAGACUAAAAUGGGACAUGGGACCUGUGAAACCUUUAACACCUUUUCAAGUAUUGAAUAGUAAGUGAUUAGAAAACAUUUCAAGUCUACUUGACUUGGUAAAUUUACUUUUCUUCUUAAAGAAGAGGUUACUGUUGAAGGCAAGGCAUGAAUAUUGUUUGGUAUUUAAUUAAAUGAAUAGUUGACUUCUUGAGAAAUGCUGAUAGUUGUUGUCAGCACUUGUAGCUAUAGUUCAGUCUUCAGUAAAAUGAAUCUGUCCAACUGUGUUUUUAAGAUUUAUUCAUUUCUAGAGAGAGAGGUCUCUGCCACCUGUAAUGUAUGAAAUCAAAGCAAAGUGAUGUAUGACAGAUUCAGAACUGGAGGAAAGGGUUACAUUCUGUAUUUCUUUGUGUCUGAAAUUUCUGGCUCUUGUGUCUCUGUAUCAAUUAGCAGAAGGACUUUGAGAAUACAACUGACAACACGCAGUCCCUUUAGCUCAUAGCAGAACUUUGGCUGGAGCUGGACAGUUUGCAGACAAUGAGAGCAGAUUGUAAUGUUUGCACGAGAGCUGAACUUUGAACUGUUCAAGCUAUUCUUUUUAGCUGUGGUUCAUUGUAUCAUCUCUGAUUGCAAUUCAUUGCUUUGCUUGUUUUUUACCCAGGUUCUUCUCCUGUUCUUUUCUCAGCCUAUUUCAUUUCCCUAUUUUUGUUCCUCUCUUAAAUCCAUGGGAGCGAAGCUACCUGCAGACUGACAGUGCUGCAUAGAUUUGUACACGAGUCACAUCUCCACAUGUUCUUCUACUCUGCUCCUGACAGAAGGGAUAGGAAGAAAAAUCUCAGGCUGAGAUCAUGGAUGUAUCUGUAAAGGUAGAAUUCACAGGCAGAAUAAGAAAUAGGAACUGGCUUUCCUCUGCAUGUUCCUCACUAGCAGGGGGUGUGAGACUCAUGGUUGCAGCCAUGUGUGUGACUGUUAGAACAUCCCACUCCUUCCUCAUGCCCCAUUGGUAUCCUCACCUCAUGCUUUCCAUUUUGAUCUUGUAUCAGCCUUCACUAGGAAAACCAAACUCCCCGGUUUGUUCGUCUUUGGUUUUUGUCAUAAUUUCUGGCAGAAUCGUCUGGCAACUUGAAAUGUACCUGGUAAUUUCACUUACAAAAGAGGACUUUUGCUCAUCUACCUUGCCUGCUACCCCUGCUUUUUCAUGGAAGAAACUGCCAGAAUGUAUUACAUAGCUUGGCCUAUUAAGCAGAGCAGUGUCCUUGGCCUAGAGCUGGCUGAUGGGUCUUGUGCAUGAGUCAGAUCUCCAUUUACGCUUUUUGGUGUGAUGUGGCAGAUAAGGCAUUAUAGUUGUGAAGGCAAACACCCAGUUCUGUAAUAGCAGAAUCAAGGCUUGUCUGGGUGUAUGCGCUAUCACAGUCUUUAAUGAUAUGGUCACAUUUCACAGAGAUUGAUUCACUCAGUGCCCAGGAUGAAAAGUGUUCAAGGAAUUUGUAGCCGCUCACCUUCUUUUAUUUAUUUUUUUAAUCACAGUUCACUUCAUGACUCUGUAUGUUUACUGCAUGUUCAUUGCAUGUUUAUAAGCAAUACUUAAUUUCCUUUAGGGUGUUUCUAUUGUGCUUAUCACUAAUAGCUGAAUCUCAUGUAUCUGAAGCAUGUUUCAGGAUUGAGUUACAAGGUAAGAGAAUAUGCAUUUUAGCAGUUAAGUAAUAAAACACUUAUUUGAGUGAGAUGAUGCUGAAGGCUGAUCCUGAGAGAAUGGGCUCUUCUAAUUGGGUGACCACUUCCCCAUCUUGUGCUUGUUGCUCAGAGUGUUUAUGUGGCAGGAUUUGGUGGGUUGAAUGUUAAGGUUACACAGAGAUACAGUAAGGUUUACAUAAUGAUACUAGUUUUGAUAGUUAAAACUCUGACUAGUAUAAAAUUUUACAGAAACUCGAGAGCAAAAUUUAAUAAUAAAAAUCAGUUAUAACCAAAGAAAUAUUCUUUGGAAGCAACACAUAGUUAGCAGUGUUUCACCUUCAUAUUUGCAGCCUCCUUGGCCUGACAGAACAAACUGACUGAUGCUUGUAAAAAAGCCUUCAGCAAGUGUUCUUUGAAUAUGCCCUUUUAUAAAUGAAAUUAUAUAAUUUCCAUAUACAUGUAUCUGUAUGAAAAUAUCACUGAUCUUUUAAACAAAACUGACACCUGGUGCAGGGUUUGUUCUCUGAGCUUGCCAAGAUGCCUGGCCAGUUGGAAUGGGGGUUGUGCAUACACCAGGUGUGCACGGAUUAAAUAACAGAUAGUAAAUGGGGAUAGAUGGGAAGAAGGGGAUGUCAGUGUUUUUCCUCCAAUGGUGAAGGUUUUCCCAGAGGAGUCUCCCUAGAGUUUUCAAUGGAGGGGCACCUCUGCAGUGACAUUGAGUUGAAACUCAACAGGAGAAGAGAGGGGAAGGGACAGAAGUUGUGGGCACACAAGAGCUUGGGGCAACAGAGCAGCACGGUUAGUGGGACUGCCCCAGGCACUCGUGGCAGGGGAGCCUGGCAGGCUGCAGGAUGCUGUGGACUGAAGACAGAGGCUGGAGGGCAGGCGGAGCAGCUGACACAGGCUGAGCAAUGCUAUGGUCUCUGCAGGUGACCUCUGUGUCCAGCAGUGAGACAGGUCUGUGCUGUCUGUGGUGCGUGGCCAGCGGUCCCCAGAUCUGGUCACAUCUGCUGCAGUUGGUUUCUCUUGAGCAUCAAUGUCUUCUGCCUACAGGACAGAUUAGAGCUGUAAUGUUCAGCACCAGCCAAACUUCCUCGUGGGCACCUGUUGGAGGCUGAAUCCUGCAGCCUUAGCAGUGAUGUGGUCUGCGUGGGGGCAGGAGCCAGCUGAGAGUCCCUGGGGGUCUACCAGGCUUUUCAUUAAGUAAACUACGCAAAAAAAGGAUAAUUGAAGAAAUGUUGGCUCGGUGGAAGAAAAGGCUGCCAGCAGCUGGCAGAGCUUGCAGGAUGCACAUCAGCAGCCCUUAGAAAACCCAAAAUUGCAGUGUAAAUAGAACAGAAGAGGCACACGUAGAAAUUAGUCAUUUGUGUGACUGGAGGAACAACUUUGCACAAAAGUCAGACCGCAAAAAGGGGUUUCACUCAACUGAGGAAGACUCAUAACUUCAAACUACAGCCUUGCUAGCAAACCUCAAAUACCCCUUUGUCUCAGCCCUGACCAACCGCUUGUGGUGGACCAGGGGCUACCGAAGUCUUCUGGUGUGGCUUGGGGGGUGGGCUGUGCUGCUCGCCUUCCUGCCCUGUUCAGCUGGAAGCCCAGUAGUAACAAGGAGCACUGAAGCAGGGAGGGGAAUGUGCUGGCAGGCAGGGGAUGUGCACCUCAGAGGUGCGUUUGGGAAGGACAGUGGGUUGGCAUGUGAAGGGCUGUCGCCGGCUUUGGGGAAGAAGAAGCUGCAGCAGACACAUCCUACAGGGAUUUGUCUUGUCAUUGCAUGGUACGUGGGGAGGGAGAAGUAUUUUUUAUCUGCACUGUGGGGCUUAUGUGAUCUUUAUUAAAUGACUGCAUGUUGCUUGUUGUCUCGGUAUGUUUUCAUUUUAGCCAGGGGCUUAAGGUAUCAGAUGAAAGCUUGCUGCAAGCCCUCUCCUGGCAGUGAGGUGAAGGAGUGGGCUGCUCUGCCUUCCACCCCCAGUUACCUUUUUAUUAUGCUUGUCUUCUUAAGGUACAGCCUGUAUUCUCUAAAGUCAAUAUCAACAUUUCAAUACAAGAGUGCAGGUGAGAGUACAAAAGAGUACAAAAUCACACUUCAUUAGAUUAAUCAAAAAUAAAUGUAUACUUAUUUUCCUGUAUC